AUGGAUAAAAUUAUAAUAAAAGAUCUUUUAAUUCAAGCAGUUAUUGGUGUUAAUCCAGGUGAAAGAAUAAUUAAACAAAAUAUUAUAAUUUCAGUUACAGCAUAUAAAGAUUUAUCAAAAUGUGGAUCAUCAGAUAAUGUAAUUGAUACAGUUUCUUAUAGUUCCUUAUCGAAAUCAAUUUGUUCCUAUUCAGAAUCAUCACAUCAUUAUACAUUAGAAGCAUUAGCAACUGGUGUGGCAAAAAUUUGUUGUUUAGGAUUUGGUAUUGAACGUGUUAAAGUUUUGGUACAAAAACCAGGUGCAAUUAAAUUAGCUAAAUGGCCAGGUGUUCAAAUUGAAAGAACUUUAGAUUAUUUUAAAUCAAAUUCAUUUGUUGAAAUACCUUCAAAAUUAAUUAAUAAUAAUAAGAAUAGUAAUAAUAGUAAUGCUGGUAAUAAUAUAGUUUAUUUAGCAUUUGGUUCAAAUCUAGGUGAUAAAUUUCAAAAUAUUUUAAAUAGUUUUAAAAGAUUAGAAAAACAAUGUUUUAUACAAUCAACUUCAUUCAUGUAUGAAAGUUCACCACAAUAUUAUAGAGAACAAGAUUCAUUCUAUAAUUGUGCUUGUAAAGUUAGUACAGAUUUAAAACCACACGAUCUAUUGAAAUUCAUUAAACAAAUUGAAAAUGAUAUGGGUAGAGUUGAAACAUUUAGAAAUGGUCCACGUGUAAUCGAUAUCGAUAUCAUCUAUUAUAAUGGUUUAAUCAUCAAAACCGAUGAUUUAGAAAUACCACAUCCAUUAAUGUGGGAAAGAGAUUUCGUAUUACUUCCACUCUCUGACAUUGCUCCAAAUUUCAUUCAUCCAACAUUACAUAUAACAACAAACAGAAUGAAAUUAAAUUUACCAAAUGGUGGUAACAUUCAUAACAUACCACCACCACCAACUGCAACAACAACAUGUAAUAAUAUAAUUGAAAAAGUUAUUAGAAUUGGAAAUUUAAAUUAUAAUUGGAAUGAUAAAACAUUUAUAAUGGGUAUUUUAAAUGUUACUCCAGAUAGUUUUGUUGAUGGUGGUAAAUUUAAUACUCUUGAGAAAUCAAUUCAACAAGCUACUGCCUUAAUUGAACAAGGUGCUGAUAUCAUCGAUAUUGGUGGUCAAUCAACUUAUCCAGGUGCUCAACAAAUUUCAAUAGAAGAAGAGAUCAAUCGUGUUGUGCCAACCAUUAAAAAGAUUAGAGAAGUAUUGGGUAAUGAUAUUCCACUUUCAAUUGAUACACUUCAUCAUCAAGUUGCAAAGGAAGCAAUAUUAGCAGGUUGUAAUAUCAUCAAUGAUGUUAGUGGUGAAUUUAGAGUACCAAUUAUAUUAAAUCAUUCACAACCAACAACUCAAUAUUUACAACAAAAACAAAAUGAACAAUAUUUAAAUAAUAGUAAUGAUAGUAAUAGUAAUAGUAGUAUAAAUACAAAUGGUGAAGAUAAUAAUAAUAAUAAUAAUAAUAAUAAUAAUAAUAAUAAUAAUAAUAAUAAUAAUAAUAAUAAUAAUAAUAAUAAUGAUGAUAAUGAUAACGAUAAUAGAUCAAAAAUUAAACAAAAAAUUGAUUUAUCAAGUCCAAAAAUUGAAACUUGUACAAAGUUAGGUUUAUUUAGAUGGCAAAUUAUUUUGGAUCCAGGUUUAGGAUUUUAUAAAACUUAUGAACAAUCAAUUGAAAUUUUACAAAGAGGUAAAGAAUUGAUGGGUUUAGGAUUUCCAGUAUUAAUUGGUCCUUCAAGAAAAGGUUUUAUCGCAAAUACAAUUGCAAAUGCUGAAAAGGAUAAAUCCUUACCACCACCAUCUCCAAAGAGUGAAAGAAGAUUAUGGGGUACAAUAGCUUGUUGUUGUAUUGGUUCAAUGUGGGGUGCAAAUAUAAUUAGAAUUCAUGAUAUUCCUGAAAUUAGAGAUGCAAUGUUAAUUUCUGAUUCAGUUAAUAAACCACAACGUCGUUAUCAAAUUCAAAAAUAA